UACGAGACUUUCAGGAAGAAUGCGUGAAGGUAUCAAAAAAAAGAACCUGUCGGAGCCGAACGAAGGGGCUUUCUAUACGGCCGGCGUUGUGGAGUUCCGUCAGGCCAUUGGCCAGGAUGCCAAUGAAAAUUUGGCAGAUAACUUGGCCGGCUAUUUGGAGCUGAUCGAAUCAGCCGAGGCCAGAACUGCGGAUAUAAUUGUCUUUCCGGAACUAACAUUGAAUGGCAUGGAUACGCUCAGCUUUCUGCCAAAGCCCGAGCAGGCGCUAUCGCCAUGUGUCGACGAUCCCGCUGCCAGUUACUAUGCCCCGUUUCUGGUCAGCAUCUCGUGCGCUGCCCGCAAGGCCAGCAAGUACAUUGUCAUCAAUAUCUGUGAGCGGCAAUUGUGCUCCGCCACUCCGGAGGAUACCCGUCCGUGCGCCCCAACUGGCUACAAUGUCUUCAAUACGAACGUGGUCUUCAAUCGCAAGGGCACCAUUGUCUCCAGAUACCGUAAGAUUCAUCUGUAUGGCGAGCCGAGGAACAGCACCUUUGUGCCGGAGCCGAUGAGCUUCGACACGGACUUCGGUGUGACAUUUGGCCAUUUCAUUUGCUUUGACAUCUUGUUCUAUGAUCCCGCCCAUGAGAUGCUAUUGGAACAAGGCGUUCGCGACUUUAUUUAUCCGACCAUGUGGUUCUCCCAGCUGCCUUUUCUCACAGCCGCCCAAGUGCAGCUGGGCUGGGCCUAUAGCAACGAUGUCAACCUAUUGGCAGCGGGCGCUAGUCAUCCGGAAUUCGGCAGCACCGGAACUGGCAUCUAUAAUGGACGCGCCGGCACCAUCACCGGCGUGAUGAAGUGGGGCGAAGGCGAGCGUCGCAUCUAUGUGGCCAAGGUGCCCAAAUACCAGAUGGCAAAGAAUAUAAAGGCGCAGCGUCCGCAACGUUCCUUGAAGGCGCCAUUGGAGCAGAAGAUGCGUCACGGACGCAAUUCAGGAAUUCAAAUGAAACGGGACUACCUGGAGCAAUACGAGAGCAUCUGGUUGGAGCAGCUGUAUCAACAGUCUGAGGGCAAUCUGAAUCAGAAGGUCUGCCAUGGCAUGUUGUGCUGCAAUUUCGAGCUGCAGUGGAGCCAACUGCCAGAGGGCACAGCCGACAACAAUUUUUACGGCUUUCGGCUGGGCGCCUACGAUGGCUGGCGCAAUGAGCAGCAGGUGGAUGCCAACUAUGUGCGCAACUGCGCCAUCUUUGCCUGCAGUGGACCCGACAUUGAGGACUGCGGCCAGGUGCUGGACACGCAGCAAUCGCGUGUCAACUUUAGACGCCUGAUCAUCGAAGCCAAGUAUCCGAGAUCGCGCGAGUUCCUUUUGAUGCCGAACAGUGUCCUCGACAGCUUUAUGCCCCUGGAGCCGCCGCAGUUCAAGUGGUCAAUGGUGGAGCGGGUCGUAAGCAAUCAGAUUAGUGUGCGUUUCGGCCUAACUGAAUCCGUGCAGCUUUCCAAUCUGCUGACCUUUGCCAUCUAUGGGAAUUACUAUGAUGAUAUUUGCACCUUUGGCAAGGGCACUCCGGAAGAGGAUCGCGAAUGUGGCUAUUUGGCCACUGGUGAUGGUGUCGCAGCUUUGCGCUCAGUUGGAUUUAAGUGGUACGUGCUCCUGGCCUUGGGAAUGGUUUUCAACCUAAGCAGCUAAGCAGUCCAUUCUAAUUUUCAUUGAACCAUGGAAUAUCGUUGAAGGGAAGAAGUUUAUGCCAUGGACGAAACUAUAUUGAAACUUUGAAAAGUAUAUAUUAUCUUGGUGUAUCGAUUGGACCGUGGCUAAAAUUGCCCAGAGUCUUACUUAGGAAAUUAAGGCAGAUAAAAAUAUCAAAAAAAAAAAAAAAAAAAAAAAAAAAUACUCAAUCCAGGCGGAGAAGAGUUUGGAUCUUCAAUAGGUCCUUAUUGAUGUGCGCGUUGCUUAAAAAUAUAUUGCUUGCUAGAACAACAUAAAUUACUCAAAAUAUCAUAUUAUCCAAAAUAUUAGGUUCAACUAUGAUUGAUCCAUAUAACAUAUACUCUAUAUAUAUAUAUAUAUUUGUGUCUAUACUUAUUGGCUUAUCAACUGGCUUCAAGAAAGCUAAGUUUUAUGCAAAUUUGGAACGUUUAGUGUGAAAAACAUUGUAGACAACUUUUUUGUGAAAUUUCUC